AUGAUUUCAUUAAAAGAGGUAAUCAUCAAUAACAAAAUCACAGAAAAGAAAUUGAAAGAGUUUGGUUUGGAUAUUUAUGAUCUAAACAGUUACGUAGAUGUCGGAACAUUUCCCAACCAGUCAACUUAUACCAAUGUUCCAAAUUUGGUUGCAAAAAAUGGCAAAACUUACAAUUUGACCAACAAAGAGCCUGAAAUACUUACAUCAAGUUCUCAAAUAUUAGAGUCUGAUUCUACAACUACAUUAAUGCUUUCAUCAUCACAAAAUAAACCAUUUAUUUAA